AUGAGUUUGGUCUUGUACAGUUCUUCUUCGGAUUCGAAUGAUGAUGAAAGUGAUGCAAAACAUAAAACAAAACGCUUUAAACCACAACUACCGUCGGUUAAUAUUCAACUCGCAAAUGAGUUUGAUUUAUCAGAAAAAGAUUUUCAAACAAAAAAUGAACGUUCGAGAUUAUUUCCUCAUGAGAGAGGAAAUUGGGCUUUGUCGAUUUAUGCAUUUGCUGAAUGUUCAUCACAUUUGGAUACAAUGAUUGAUGAUUUAAUUGAAAUAUUCGAUGACAAUUGGAAACGUUUAAUGGAAUUACAUAUUAGUUUAUCGAAAACUAUUCCGAUUCGUUUUCAUCAUAUCGAAUCAAUUCGUACAGGUCUACAACAUGAAUUAUCAUUAUCAAUGAUUCAAUUUUCAACUCGAAUAGAAAAUGUAACAAUAUUAACAAAUGAAGAUGAAUCAACAUCAUUUUUAGUUUUUACACUUGAUCAAGAUCGACAAUUUGCUAAAUUGAUAGAAAUCAUCGAUAAAAUACUUUGUGAACAUCGAUAUCCAGGUUAUUACGAAAAUCCUUGUUUUCAUAUUAGUUUUGCUUAUUCAAUGGAUAAAAGUCGAAAAGAAAAGUUACCAAAGGAUUGGAAGGAAAAAUGUUUGGCUGUUUUAAAACAAUAUCAAUGUCAACCAAAUGCGAUCACUAUAGCCGUCGAUGAUAUUCGAUUAAAAGCUGGCAAACGUGUUUACCAAUUGACUAAAUCAACAUAG